AUGGAUGAGUAUGUAAAGCUAAAUCAGUCUACGUGGCCGCGACCGCCUUUUAUUUGUCGAGCUAGUUUUUAUCGAGAUUAUGAUCCACUGUAUUUUAAAAGCUGCGGAGUCCACCUGGUAGUGCCACAGGAUGGUGGAGAUAUUCAUUCGUCUCGCCUCGUCGGUGGCAGUGAGGAAGGAGGAGGAUGA